UUCCCGCCCUCUAUCCACGACCAGUAGCCCUACCCGUUCGCAUGUCCAACCAUUCUGCAUCGCCCGGAGUAACAGCCACGCAGACUAGAAAAAAGGUAAAACGCACUUUCUAAGGGGAGAGAGUGAGAAGGGAGGGGAGAGAGAAAAACGCCCUGGACACGGAGGGAGACUCGGGUUGAUAAAGCAAGAAAAGUUUUUUUUUAUGAGAGAAAUAAGGUUUGAUUGGGAAGAAGAAUACGUGCUUUUAUCGACUGCUGGGACCGUAGGAGGAGAAGAGAACACUGCCGAAGAUGCUCAAGCUGCUGUGUUAAAGUUGUUGCAACUCAGACUGCUCAUAGACAAACAGGAAGCAAAGAGACAGAGCCCUUGGCCUUGCUUGAGCAAUCCAAAGAAAACCAAGGCAGAAACAAACGACACCAGAGCAUAGACAGAGGACAAGAAAAAACAAAGGAUGGCUGAGGAGGAGGAAACCAGGGAGGUGCUCUUCUCUGACUGGUCGGGUCCAGAAAAACAGGGAAUGACCCUUGAGCAGUCAGGCGAAGGAGAGAUCUAUGUCAAAGAGGUGAAAAUGGAGUCGCCUGCUGGACGCACUGGAAGAGUACACGAGGGUGAUCAAAUUGUGGGUGCCACCAUCUAUUUUGACAACAUGAGUUCCAAGGAGACGACGGAGCUCCUCAAGACCCUAAACAAACACAAGGUUGGACUGAAACUACAGAACAAGGACAAGUCACCAUGCCGCUCCCCCAUGGGCACUCUGUCACCCUGCCGAUCCCCAAUGGGCACUCUGACGUAUGAAGGGAGAGGAAGGGUUGGAGGCUCCAGCCAAGACAUUAUUCUGAGUGGGGAUGAUGAAGAAUACAAGAGAAUAUAUUCCAAGAAGAUUAAGCCCCGGCUGAAGUCUGAGGAUCUGGCGGAGGGCGUGGACGUCCGUACGGAGCGCCACAGCAGCACCAGCACCGACGGCAGCACGAUCACUACCAUCACCCGUCGCAUCACUACCUACACUGUGGACAUGCCAGAGGGCGUGGACGAGCAGCUUGAUCUAACCAGCCCAGAGUUCAAAGGGCAACGGUACGACCAGUCAGGAGGGGGCAGCUCGUCUCAAAUCCGAGUUUUACACGGAAGCGGAAGCUCUUCAGGUGUAGGAGGUGGAUUGGAGGGGGGUGAUUUUGAACUAGGAGGUGAUGGUGUUUCCUUCACUGGGCCGGAUGUAACUAGCUCUUCUGAGAAGCACUGGAGCACUGGAGGGGUGAAGACCACCACUGUUACAAGGCAGAUAGAGGGGGGAGAUGGUGGAGCAGCAGGGAUCAGAUUCAAAGGAUCUAGCUUUGGGAUGCCUGGGGCGAAGGGUCAGCGGGAGUUUGGCCUCUAUAGAGGGGGUGAGCAGGGGGAGCAGGGGGGCUUUCAGGUUUCAGGUGACUCAGCUGACUACCAGGCAGGAUCAGUCAAUGUCACGGCACCUGGAAGAACAACAAAUAUUUCCUCCAGCUCCAUAUCAAUGGGUAAAGGGGAGGUGAGAGGAGUAGACGUUCAUUUGCCUGGUAGAGGCAGUGCAGACUGGCAGGGUAGGGUCGGAGGUUCAGUACCUGGAAUAACUAUUAGUGAUCAACAGGUGAGAGGGUCUGGGAGCGUAGGUCUCUCCAGAGGCAACCAGGGUGGGGUUUCCUUACCCAACAUGCCAGGCAUUGAUACAGGCUUGAAUGGGGGCAAGAUAUCAACAGACAUAAGAGUGCCAACACUUGACAUCAAUACAGGCAUGAAGGAGUCUGGCUCAGUGAAAAUGUCUGUAAAAGAAACAACAAUGGAAAGCAAACUCAAAGGUGGCAUCAAAAUGCCAUCAUUUGGACUGAACACUGGAGGUGCAGACAGCGAUGGAGAUGUUAAACUACCGAAGGUCAAGGGUAGUGUAGAUGUUUCGGUACCUGGGGUAGAUGUAGAUUUAUCAGGCGCAUCUAUGAAUAUGAAAGGAGGAAAGACGAUAGGUUCACGUGUUGAUAUAGAAGGUCCAGAAGGCGGAUUCAAGAUACCCAAAGAAAAGAUACCAUCAUUUGGAGUCAGAGGAGCCGGACUUGAGGGUCCUGGUAUCGAUGUCAACCUACCAAAAACUGACAUUGACAUCAGAGCUCCCAAAGUAGAUAUUGAAGUGCCAGAUGUUGACAUUGAAGGUUCAGGAGGAUUUAAAAUGCCAAAGGUGAAGAUGCCCUCAUUUGGAAUCAAAGGCCCUAAACUUGAGGGUCCAGAUAUUGAUGUCAACCUACCUAAAGGUGACAUUGACAUCAAGGGACCUAAUGUUAACAUCAAAGGUCCAGAACUUGACUUCGAAGGCCCUGAUGGGAAAAUCAAGGGUCCAAAAUUCACGAUGCCAUCAAUGUCAGGCCCAAAGGUCUCAAUGCCUGAUAUGGACAUCAAUCUGAAAGGCCCAAAGGUGAAGGGGGAUUUGGGUAUGUCAGGAGACCUCAAAGCACCCAAAGUAGACAUAGAAGGUCCAGAUGUUGACAUUGAAGGUUCAGGAGGAUUUAAGAUGCCAAAGAUGAAGAUGCCCUCAUUUGGAAUAAAAGGAUCUAAAUUGGAGGGUCCAGAUAUUGAUGUCAACCUACCAAAAGCUGACAUUGACAUCAAGGCUCCCAAAGUUGACAUUAAAGGUCCAUCAAUAUCAGGACCAAAGAUCUCAAUGCCCGAUGUGGACUUCAACCUGAAAGGCCCAAAGGUGAAGGGGGAUUUGGGUAUGUCAGGAGACCUCAAAGCACCCAAAGUAGACAUAGAAGGUCCAGAUGUUGACAUUGAAGGUUCAGGAGGAUUUAAGAUGCCAAAGAUGAAGAUGCCCUCAUUUGGAAUCAAAGGAUCUAAAUUGGAGGGUCCAGAUAUUGACGUCAACCUACCAAAAGCUGACAUUGACAUCAAAGCUCCCAAAGUUGACAUUAAAGGUCCAUCAAUAUCAGGACCAAAGAUCUCAAUGCCCGAUGUAGACUUCAACCUGAAAGGCCCAAAGGUGAAGGGGGAUUUGGGUAUGUCAGGAGACCUCAAAGCACCCAAAGUAGACAUAGAAGGUCCAGAUGUUGACAUUGAAGGUUCAGGAGGAUUUAAGUUGCCGAAGAUGAAAAUACCCUCAUUUGGAAUCAAAGGACCCAAAGUUGAGGGAGAUGUUGAUGUCAAACUACCUAAAGGUGACAUUGACAUCAAGGGACCUAAUGUUAACAUCAAAGGUCCAGAACUUGACUUCGAAGGCCCUGAUGGGAAAAUCAAGGGUCCAAAAUUCACGAUGCCAUCAAUCUCAGGCCCAAAGAUCUCAAUGCCCGAUGUGGACUUCAACCUGAAAGGCCCAAAGGUGAAGGGGGAUUUGGGUAUGUCAGGAGACCUCAAAGCACCCAAGGUAGGCAUAGAAGGUCCAGAUGUUGACAUUGAAGGUUCAGGAGGAUUUAAGAUGCCAAAGAUGAAGAUGCCCUCAUUUGGAAUAAAAGGAUCUAAAUUGGAGGGUCCAGAUAUUGAUGUCAACCUACCAAAAGCUGACAUUGACAUCAAGGCUCCCAAAGUUGACAUUAAAGGGCCAUCAAUAUCAGGACCAAAGGUCUCAAUGCCCGAUGUGGACUGCAAUCUGAAAGGUCCAAAGGUGAAGGGAGAUGUAGAUGUGUCAGUGCCAAAGCUAGAAGGAGACAUCAAGGCUCCCAAAGUUGACAUUAAAGGUCCAUCAAUAUCAGGACCAAAGAUCUCAAUGCCCGAUGUGGACUUCAACCUGAAAGGCCCAAAGGUGAAGGGAGAUUUGGGUAUGUCAGGAGACUUGAAAGCACCCAAAGUAGACAUUGAAGGUCCAGAUGUUGACAUUGAAGGUUCAGGAGGAUUUAAGAUGCCAAAGAUGAAGAUGCCCUCAUUUGGAAUCAAAGGAUCUAAAUUGGAGGGUCCAGAUAUUGAUGUCAACCUACCAAAAGCUGACAUUGACAUCAAAGCUCCCAAAGUUGACAUUAAAGGUCCAUCAAUAUCAGGACCAAAGAUCUCAAUGCCCGAUGUGGACUUCAACCUGAAAGGCCCAAAGGUGAAGGGGGAUUUGGGUAUGUCAGGAGACCUCAAAGCACCCAAGGUAGGCAUAGAAGGUCCAGAUGUUGACAUUGAAGGUUCAGGAGGAUUUAAGAUGCCAAAGGUGAAGAUGCCCUCAUUUGGGAUCAAAGGACCCAAAGUUGAGGGAGAUGUUGAUGUCAAACUACCUAAAGGUGACAUUGACAUCAAGGGACCUAAUGUUAACAUCAAAGGUCCAGAACUUGACUUCGAAGGCCCUGAUGGGAAAAUCAAGGGUCCAAAAUUCACGAUGCCAUCAAUGUCAGGCCCAAAGGUCUCAAUGCCUGAUAUGGACAUCAAUCUGAAAGGUCCAAAGAUGAAGGGAGAUCUGGAUAUGUCAGGAGACUUCAAAGCACCCAAAUUAGACAUUGAAGGUCCAGAUGUUGACGUUGGAGGUUCAGGAGGAUUUAAAAUGCCAAAGAUGAAGAUGCCCUCAUUUGGAAUCAAAGGAUCUAAAUUGGAGGGUCCAGAUAUUGAUGUCAACCUACCAAAAGCUGACAUUGACAUCAAAGCUCCCAAAGUUGACAUUAAAGGUCCAUCAAUAUCAGGACCAAAGAUCUCAAUGCCCGAUGUGGACUUCAACCUGAAAGGCCCAAAGGUGAAGGGAGAUUUGGGUAUGUCAGGAGACUUGAAAGCACCCAAAGUAGACAUUGAAGGUCCAGAUGUUGACAUUGAAGGUUCAGGAGGAUUUAAGAUGCCAAAGAUGAAGAUGCCCUCAUUUGGAAUCAAAGGAUCUAAAUUGGAGGGUCCAGAUAUUGACGUCAACCUACCAAAAGCUGACAUUGACAUCAAGGCUCCCAAAGUUGAUGUUAAAGGGCCAUCAAUAUCAGGACCAAAGAUCUCAAUGCCCGAUGUGGACUUCAAUAUGAAAGGCCCAAAGGUGAAGGGAGAUUUGGGUAUGUCAGGAGACCUCAAAGCACCCAAAGUAGACAUAGAAGGUCCAGAUGUUGACAUUGAAGGUUCAGGAGGAUUUAAGUUGCCGAAGAUGAAAAUACCCUCAUUUGGAAUCAAAGGACCCAAAGUUGAGGGAGAUGUUGAUGUCAAACUACCUAAAGGCGACAUUGACAUCAAGGGACCUAAUGUUAACAUCAAAGGUCCAGAACUUGACUUCGAAGGCCCUGAUGGGAAAAUCAAGGGUCCAAAAUUCACGAUGCCAUCAAUGUCAGGCCCAAAGGUCUCAAUGCCUGAUAUGGACAUCAAUCUGAAAGGUCCAAAGGUGAAGGGAGAUGUAGAUGUGUCAGUGCCAAAGCUAGAAGGAGACAUCAAGGCUCCCAAAGUUGACAUUAAAGGGCCAUCAAUAUCAGGACCAAAGAUCUCAAUGCCCGAUGUGGACUUCAAUCUGAAAGGCCCAAAGGUGAAGGGAGAUUUGGGUAUGUCAGGAGACUUCAAAGCACCCAAAUUAGACAUUGAAGGUCCAGAUGUUGACGUUGGAGGUUCAGGAGGAUUUAAAAUGCCAAAGAUGAAGAUGCCCUCAUUUGGAAUCAAAGGAUCUAAAUUGGAGGGUCCAGAUAUUGAUGUCAACCUACCAAAAGCUGACAUUGACAUCAAAGCUCCCAAAGUUGACAUUAAAGGUCCAUCAAUAUCAGGACCAAAGAUCUCAAUGCCCGAUGUGGACUUCAAUCUGAAAGGUCCAAAGGUGAAGGGAGAUGUAGAUGUGUCAGUGCCAAAGCUAGAAGGAGACAUCAAGGCUCCCAAAGUUGACAUUAAAGGUCCAUCAAUAUCAGGACCAAAGAUCUCAAUGCCCGAUGUGGACUUCAAUCUGAAAGGCCCAAAGGUGAAGGGGGAUUUGGGUAUGUCAGGAGACCUCAAAGCACCCAAGGUAGGCAUAGAAGGUCCAGAUGUUGACAUUGAAGGUUCAGGAGGAUUUAAGAUGCCAAAGGUGAAGAUGCCCUCAUUUGGGAUCAAAGGACCCAAAGUUGAGGGAGAUGUUGAUGUCAAACUACCUAAAGGUGACAUUGACAUCAAGGGACCUAAUGUUAACAUCAAAGGUCCAGAACUUGACUUCGAAGGCCCUGAUGGGAAAAUCAAGGGUCCAAAAUUCACGAUGCCAUCAAUGUCAGGCCCAAAGGUCUCAAUGCCUGAUAUGGACAUCAAUCUGAAAGGUCCAAAGGUGAAGGGAGAUGUAGAUGUGUCAGUGCCAAAGCUAGAAGGAGACAUCAAGGCUCCCAAAGUUGACAUUAAAGGGCCAUCAAUAUCAGGACCAAAGAUCUCAAUGCCCGAUGUGGACUUCAACCUGAAAGGCCCAAAGGUGAAGGGGGAUUUGGGUAUGUCAGGAGACCUCAAAGCACCCAAAGUAGACAUAGAAGGUCCAGAUGUUGACAUUGAAGGUUCAGGAGGAUUUAAGAUGCCAAAGAUGAAAAUGCCCUCAUUUGGAAUCAAAGGAUCUAAAUUGGAGGGUCCAGAUAUUGAUGUCAACCUACCAAAAGCUGACAUUGACAUCAAGGCUCCCAAAGUUGACAUUAAAAGUCCAUCAAUAUCAGGACCAAAGAUCUCAAUGCCCGAUGUGGACUUCAACCUGAAAGGCCCAAAGGUGAAGGGAGAUUUGGGUAUGUCAGGAGACCUCAAAGCACCCAAAGUAGACAUUGAUUGUCCAGAUGUUGACAUUGAAGGAAUAGGAGGAUUUAAAAUGCCAAAGGUGAAGAUGCCCUCAUUUGGAAUCAAAGGACCCAAAGUUGAGGGAGAUGUUGAUGUCAAACUACCUAAAGGUGACAUUGACAUCAAGGGACCUAAUGUUAACAUCAAAGGUCCAGAACUUGACUUCGAAGGCCCUGAUGGGAAAAUCAAGGGUCCAAAAUUCACGAUGCCAUCAAUCUCAGGCCCAAAGGUCUCAAUGCCUGAUAUGGACAUCAAUCUGAAAGGUCCAAAGGUGAAGGGAGAUGUAGAUGUGUCAGUGCCAAAGCUAGAAGGAGACAUCAAGGCUCCCAAAGUUGACAUUAAAGGUCCAUCAAUAUCAGGACCAAAGAUCUCAAUGCCCGAUGUGGACUUCAAUCUGAAAGGCCCAAAGGUGAAGGGGGAUUUGGGUAUGUCAGGAGACUUGAAAGCACCCAAAGUAGACAUUGAAGGUCCAGAUGUUGACAUUGAAGGUUCAGGAGGAUUUAAGAUGCCAAAGAUGAAGAUGCCCUCAUUUGGAAUCAAAGGAUCUAAAUUGGAGGGUCCAGAUAUUGAUGUCAACCUACCAAAAGCUGACAUUGACAUCAAAGCUCCCAAAGUUGACAUUAAAGGGCCAUCAAUAUCAGGACCAAAGAUCUCAAUGCCCGAUGUGGACUUCAAUCUGAAAGGCCCAAAGGUGAAGGGGGAUUUGGGUAUGUCAGGAGACCUCAAAGCACCCAAAGUAGACAUUGAUUGUCCAGAUGUUGACAUUGAAGGAUCAGGAGGAUUUAAAAUGCCAAAGGUGAAGAUGCCCUCAUUUGGAAUCAAAGGACCCAAAGUUGAGGGAGAUGUUGAUGUCAAACUACCUAAAGGUGACAUUGACAUCAAGGGACCUAAUGUUAACAUCAAAGGUCCAGAACUUGACUUCGAAGGCCCUGAUGGGAAAAUCAAGGGUCCAAAAUUCACGAUGCCAUCAAUGUCAGGCCCAAAGGUCUCAAUGCCCGAUGUGGACUUCAAUCUGAAAGGUCCCAAGCUGAAGGGAGAUGUAGAUGUGUCAGUGCCAAAGAUAAAAGGAGACAUCAAAUCACCGAAAGUAGACAUUGAAGGUCCUGAUGUUGACUUUGAAGGAUCAGGAGGAUUUAAGAUGCCAAAGAUGAAAAUUCCCUCAUUUGGAAUCAAAGGAUCUAAAUUGGAGGGUCCAGAUAUUGAUGUCAACCUACCAAAAGCUGACAUUGACAUCAAUGCUCCCAAAGUUGACAUUAAAGGUCCAUCAAUAUCAGUACCAAAGAUCUCAAUGCCCGAUGUGGACUUCAACCUGAAAGGUCCAAAGAUGAAAGGAGAUUUUGAUUUGUCAGGAGACCUCAAAGCACCUAAAGUAGACAUCGCAGGACCAGAUGUUGACAUUGAAGGUUCAGGAGGAUUUAAGAUGCCAAAGAUGAAGAUUCCGUCAUUUGGAAUCAAAGGAUCUAAUUUGGAGGGUCCAGAUAUUGAUGUCAACCUACCAAAAGCUGACAUUGACAUCAAGGCUCCCAAAGUUUACAUUAAAGGUCCAUCAAUAUCAGGACCAAAGAUCUCAAUGCCCGAUGUAGACUUCAACCUAAAAGGGCCGAAGGUGAAGGGAGAGGUGGAUGUGUCUUUGCCAAAGAUGAAAGGCGACCUCAAAGCACCCAAAGCAGACAUGGAAGGACCCGAUGUUGACAUUGAAGGUUCAGGAGGAAUUAAAAUGCCAAAGAUGAAGAUGCCGUCUAUGUCUGGCCCCAAAAUGUCAAUGCCUGAUGUUGAUUUCAGUCUUAAAGGGCCAAAGUUCAAAGGGGGAGUUGAGGGAGAAAUGAGUACACCCAAAGCUGAAUUUGAUGGAUUGGAUAUCUCAGUAGAGAGUCCAGACAUUGCACCAAAGAAGUCUAAGUUCAAAAUGCCAAAGUUUGGAUUCAAAGGGCCCAAAGUCAAGUCUCCUGAGGUUGAUGUAAAGCUAGCAAAAGCAGAUAUCAAUAUCAAAACACCGAAAGGUAGUCUUCCAGACCUUGACCUUGAUAUUGGGGCUACCAGCCCUAAAGUCAAAGGAUCCAAAUUCAAAAUGCCUAAAUUUGGAUUCAAAAGUCCGAAGGUAGAGAUGCCAGAUGUAGAUGUUAAUCUUCCUAAAGCUGACAUUGACUUCAAAGGACCCAAUGUCGAUAUUAAAGGUCCUCAUAUUGACAUUGAAAGUCCUGAUGUCAAAAUCAAGGGACCAAAAAACAAGAUGCCAUCAAUAUCAGGACCAAAGGUCUCCAUGCCUGAUGUGGACUUCAACUUAAAAGGUCCAAAAAUUAAAGGAGAUAUCAAUAUACCAGUUCCCAAGAUCGAAGGAGACAUCAAAGGUCCAAACGUAGACAUUGAAGGUCCAGAUGGUAAAAUCAAAGGGCCAAAAUUCAAGAUGCCAUCCAUAUCAGGACCAAACAUCUCAAUGCCUGACAUGGACUUCAACCUGAAAGGUCCAAAGGUAAAGGGAGAUUAUGAUGUGUCAGGAGACCUCAAAGCACCCAAAGUAGACAUUGAGGGUCCAGAUGUUGACAUUGAAGGUUCGGGAUUUAAGAUGCCAAAGAUGAAGAUGCCCUCAUUUGGAAUCAAAGGACCCAAAGUUGAGGGAGAUUUUGAUGUCAAUCUACCUAAAGGCGACAUUGACAUUGAAGGUCCAGAAAUUGACAUUGAAGGUCCAGAUGGUAAAAUCAAAGGGCCGAAAUUCAAGAUGCCAUCAAUAUCUGGACCAAACAUCUCAAUGCCUGACAUGGACUUCAACCUGAAAGGUCCAAAGAUGAAGGGAGAUCUGGAUAUGUCAGGAAACCUGAAAGCACCCAAAGUAGACAUUGAAGGUCCAGAUGUUGACAUUGAAGGUUCAGGAGGAUUUAAGAUGCCAAAGAUGAAGAUGCCCUCAUUUGGAUUCAAAGGACCCAAAGUUGAGGGAGAUUUUGAUGUCAAUCUACCUAAAGGCGACAUUGAUAUUGAAGGUCCAGAAAUUGACAUUGCAGGUCCAGAUGGUAAAAUCAAAGGGUCGAAAUUCAAGAUGCCAUCAAUCUCUGGACCAAAGAUCUCUAUGCCUGAUGUGGACUUCAACCUGAAAGGUCCAAAGGUGAAAGGAGAUGUGAAUGUUUCAGUCCCCAAGAUCGAAGGAGAGAUCAAAGGUCCAAACCUAGACAUUGAAGGUCCAGAUGGGAAAAUCAAAGGAUCGAAAUUCAAGAUGCCAUCAAUAUCUGGACCAAACAUCUCAAUGCCUGACAUGGACUUCAACCUGAAAGGUCCAAAGAUGAAGGGAGAUCUGGAUAUGUCAGGAAACCUCAAAGCACCCAAAGUAGACAUUGAAGGUCCAGAUGUUGACAUUGAAGGUUCAGGAGGAUUUAAGAUGCCAAAGAUGAAGAUGCCUUCGUUUGGAUUCAAAGGACCCAAAGUUGAGGGAGAUUUUGAUGUCAAUCUACCUAAAGGCGACAUUGACAUUGAAGGUCCAGAAAUUGACAUUGCAGGUCCAGAUGGUAAAAUCAAAGGGCCAAAAUUCAAGAUGCCAUCAAUAUCAGGACCAAACAUCUCAAUGCCUGACAUGGACUUCAACCUGAAAGGUCCAAAGAUGAAGGGAGAUCUGGAUAUGUCAGGAAACCUCAAAGCACCCAAAGUAGACAUUGAAGGUCCAGAUGUUGACAUUGAAGGUUCAGGAGGAUUUAAGAUGCCAAAGAUGAAGAUGCCCUCAUUUGGAUUCAAAGGACCCAAAGUUGAGGGAGAUUUUGAUGUCAAUCUACCUAAAGGCGACAUUGACAUUGAAGGUCCAGAAAUUGACAUUGCAGGUCCAGAUGGUAAAAUCAAAGGGUCGAAAUUCAAGAUGCCAUCAAUAUCUGGACCAAAGAUCUCUAUGCCUGAUGUGGACUUCAACCUGAAAGGUCCAAAGGUGAAAGGAGAUGUGAAUGUUUCAGUCCCCAAGAUCGAAGGAGACAUCAAAGGUCCAAACCUAGACAUUGAAGGUCCAGAUGGUAAAAUCAAAGGGUCGAAAUUCAAGAUGCCAUCAAUAUCUGGACCAAACAUCUCAAUGCCUGACAUGGACUUCAACCUGAAAGGUCCAAAGAUGAAGGGAGAUCUGGAUAUGUCAGGAAACCUCAAAGCACCCAAAGUAGACAUUGAAGGUCCAGAUGUUGACAUUGAAGGUUCAGGAGGAUUUAAGAUGCCAAAGAUGAAGAUGCCUUCGUUUGGAUUCAAAGGUCCCAAACUUGAGGGUCCAGAUAUUGAUGUCAACCUACCUAAAGCUGACAUUGACAUCAAGGCUCCCAAAAUUGACAUUAAAGGUCCAGAACUUGACAUUGAAGGUCCAGAUGGUAAAAUCAAAGGGUCGAAAUUCAAGAUGCCAUCAAUAUCAGGACCAAACAUCUCAAUGCCUGACAUGGACUUCAACCUGAAAGGUCCAAAGAUGAAGGGAGAUCUGGAUAUGUCAGGAAACCUCAAAGCACCCAAAGUAGACAUUGAAGGUCCAGAUGUUGACAUUGAAGGUUCAGGAGGAUUUAAGAUGCCAAAGAUGAAGAUGCCCUCAUUUGGAUUCAAAGGACCCAAAGUUGAGGGAGAUUUUGAUGUCAAUCUACCUAAAGGCGACAUUGACAUUGAAGGUCCAGAAAUUGACAUUGCAGGUCCAGAUGGUAAAAUCAAAGGGUCAAAAUUCAAGAUGCCAUCAAUAUCUGGACCAAAGAUCUCUAUGCCUGAUGUGGACUUCAACCUGAAAGGUCCAAAGGUGAAAGGAGAUGUGAAUGUUUCAGUCCCCAAGAUCGAAGGAGACAUCAAAGGUCCAAACCUAGACAUUGAAGGUCCAGAUGGUAAAAUCAAAGGGUCGAAAUUCAAGAUGCCAUCAAUAUCUGGACCAAACAUCUCAAUGCCUGACAUGGACUUCAACCUGAAAGGUCCAAAGAUGAAGGGAGAUCUGGAUAUGUCAGGAAACCUCAAAGCACCCAAAGUAGACAUUGAAGGUCCAGAUGUUGACAUUGAAGGUUCAGGAGGAUUUAAGAUGCCAAAGAUGAAGAUGCCUUCGUUUGGAUUCAAAGGUCCCAAACUUGAGGGUCCAGAUAUUGAUGUCAACCUACCUAAAGCUGACAUUGACAUCAAGGCUCCCAAAAUUGACAUUAAAGGUCCAGAACUUGACAUUGAAGGUCCAGAUGGUAAAAUCAAAGGGCCGAAAUUCAAGAUGCCAUCAAUAUCAGGACCAAACAUCUCAAUGCCUGACAUGGACUUCAACCUGAAAGGUCCAAAGAUGAAGGGAGAUCUGGAUAUGUCAGGAAACCUCAAAGCACCCAAAGUAGACAUUGAAGGUCCAGAUGUUGACAUUGAAGGUUCAGGAGGAUUUAAGAUGCCAAAGAUGAAGAUGCCCUCAUUUGGAUUCAAAGGACCCAAAGUUGAGGGAGAUUUUGAUGUCAAUCUACCUAAAGGCGACAUUGACAUUGAAGGUCCAGAAAUUGACAUUGCAGGUCCAGAUGGUAAAAUCAAAGGGUCAAAAUUCAAGAUGCCAUCAAUAUCUGGACCAAAGAUCUCUAUGCCUGAUGUGGACUUCAACCUGAAAGGUCCAAAGGUGAAAGGAGAUGUGAAUGUUUCAGUCCCCAAGAUCGAAGGAGACCUCAAAGGUCCAAACCUAGACAUUGAAGGUCCAGAUGGUAAAAUCAAAGGGUCGAAAUUCAAGAUGCCAUCAAUAUCUGGACCAAACAUCUCAAUGCCUGACAUGGACUUCAACCUGAAAGGUCCAAAGAUGAAGGGAGAUCUGGAUAUGUCAGGAAACCUCAAAGCACCCAAAGUAGACAUUGAAGGUCCAGAUGUUGACAUUGAAGGUUCAGGAGGAUUUAAGAUGCCAAAGAUGAAGAUGCCUUCGUUUGGAUUCAAAGGUCCCAAACUUGAGGGUCCAGAUAUUGAUGUCAACCUACCUAAAGCUGACAUUGACAUCAAGGCUCCCAAAAUUGACAUUAAAGGUCCAGAACUUGACAUUGAAGGUCCAGAUGGUAAAAUCAAAGGGCCAAAAUUCAAGAUGCCAUCAAUAUCAGGACCAAACAUCUCAAUGCCUGACAUGGACUUCAACCUGAAAGGUCCAAAGAUGAAGGGAGAUCUGGAUAUGUCAGGAAACCUCAACGCACCCAAAGUAGACAUUGAAGGUCCAGAUGUUGACAUUGAAGGUUCAGGAGGAUUUAAAAUGCCAAAGAUGAAGAUGCCCUCAUUUGGAUUCAAAGGACCCAAAGUUGAGGGAGAUUUUGAUGUCAAUCUACCUAAAGGCGACAUUGACAUUGAAGGUCCAGAAAUUGACAUUGCAGGUCCAGAUGGUAAAAUCAAAGGGUCGAAAUUCAAGAUGCCAUCAAUAUCUGGACCAAAGAUCUCUAUGCCUGAUGUGGACUUCAACCUGAAAGGUCCAAAGGUGAAAGGAGAUGUGAAUGUUUCAGUCCCCAAGAUCGAAGGAGACAUCAAAGGUCCAAACCUAGACAUUGAAGGUCCAGAUGGUAAAAUCAAAGGGCCGAAAUUCAAGAUGCCAUCAAUAUCUGGACCAAACAUCUCAAUGCCUGACAUGGACUUCAACCUGAAAGGUCCAAAGAUGAAGGGAGAUCUGGAUAUGUCAGGAAACCUCAAAGCACCCAAAGUAGACAUUGAAGGUCCAGAUGUUGACAUUGAAGGUUCAGGAGGAUUUAAGAUGCCAAAGAUGAAGAUGCCUUCGUUUGGAUUCAAAGGUCCCAAACUUGAGGGUCCAGAUAUUGAUGUCAACCUACCUAAAGCUGACAUUGACAUCAAGGCUCCCAAAAUUGACAUUAAAGGUCCAGAACUUGACAUUGAAGGUCCAGAUGGUAAAAUCAAAGGGCCAAAAUUCAAGAUGCCAUCAAUAUCAGGACCAAACAUCUCAAUGCCUGACAUGGACUUCAACCUGAAAGGUCCAAAGAUGAAGGGAGAUCUGGAUAUGUCAGGAAACCUCAACGCACCCAAAGUAGACAUUGAAGGUCCAGAUGUUGACAUUGAAGGUUCAGGAGGAUUUAAAAUGCCAAAGAUGAAGAUGCCCUCAUUUGGAUUCAAAGGACCCAAAGUUGAGGGAGAUUUUGAUGUCAAUCUACCUAAAGGCGACAUUGACAUUGAAGGUCCAGAAAUUGACAUUGCAGGUCCAGAUGGUAAAAUCAAAGGGUCGAAAUUCAAGAUGCCAUCAAUAUCUGGACCAAAGAUCUCUAUGCCUGAUGUGGACUUCAACCUGAAAGGUCCAAAGGUGAAAGGAGAUGUGAAUGUUUCAGUCCCCAAGAUCGAAGGAGACAUCAAAGGUCCAAACCUAGACAUUGAAGGUCCAGAUGGUAAAAUCAAAGGGCCGAAAUUCAAGAUGCCAUCAAUAUCUGGACCAAACAUCUCAAUGCCUGACAUGGACUUCAACCUGAAAGGUCCAAAGAUGAAGGGAGAUCUGGAUAUGUCAGGAAACCUCAAAGCACCCAAAGUAGACAUUGAAGGUCCAGAUGUUGACAUUGAAGGUUCAGGAGGAUUUAAGAUGCCAAAGAUGAAGAUGCCUUCGUUUGGAUUCAAAGGUCCCAAACUUGAGGGUCCAGAUAUUGAUGUCAACCUACCUAAAGCUGACAUUGACAUCAAGGCUCCCAAAAUUGACAUUAAAGGUCCAGAACUUGACAUUGAAGGUCCAGAUGGUAAAAUCAAAGGGCCGAAAUUCAAGAUGCCAUCAAUAUCAGGACCAAACAUCUCAAUGCCUGACAUGGACUUCAACCUGAAAGGUCCAACGAUGAAGGGAGAUCUGGAUAUGUCAGGAAACCUCAAAGCACCCAAAGUAGACAUUGAAGGUCCAGAUGUUGACAUUGAAGGUUCAGGAGGAUUUAAGAUGCCAAAGAUGAAGAUGCCCUCAUUUGGAUUCAAAGGCCCUAAACUUGAGGGUCCAGAUAUUGAUUGCAACCUACCUAAAGCUGAUAUUGACCUCAAGGGACCGAAUAUUGACAUUUCACGUCCAGAUCUCAACCUCAAAGGCCCUGAUGCUAAGUUGUCCGGUGGAUCCCUUGAUAUGGGAAGUCCCAGUUUCAGUUUUGACAAACCAGAUGUUAAGUUUCCUAAGUUCAAAGGUCCCACAUUUGGUAUUAGGUCACCUGAAGUUGAAGGGCCUGAACUGAAUAUUUCUCACGGAAAGAUGGAUGUGAAGGCACCUGAGGUUGACCUUAACAUAGGGGAUGCAAAUAUCAAAGGACCUAAAUUCAAAGCACCAAAGAUCCAUAUGGGAGGCAAGAGCCCCAAAUUAGAUGUUAAUUUGCCAGAGGUCGACAGUAGUGUAGAAGCCCCUGAUGUUGACAUUCAUGUCAAAGGAAAGAAAGGUAAAUUCAAACUACCCAAAAUCAAAGGGAAAGCAAAGAAACCUGAUGUAGAUAUUGACCUUGAAACAUCAGGUGUAGAUUUAAAUGUUGACUCUCCUGAGCUUCACCUGAAAGGAGCAAAAGUAAAGAAACCUUUCUUUGGAAAACUUCAUUUCCCCGAUGUGGAAUUUGAUGUAAAAUCUCCCAAAGUUAAAGGUGAUGGCUCUCUGUCUGGUGGCUUGUCAUCUGGGAGUCUACAAGCCAAUAUUGAGGCACCAGAUCUAAACGUGCAAGUUCCAGAUGUAAAAACUAAGUCUAACAUAAAAUUUCCAGGGAUGAAAAUCAAAGGGCCCCAAAUAAAUGUACCUGAUGUUGAUGUAAAUGUGAACAGGAAAAAUCUGAAAGGAGAGGCAAGCCUUUCAGGAGAUUUAAAAGGUCCUAAGAUAGAUAUUGGAGGAGGGGGAGGAAGAGUAGAUGUUGACUCAAAUGUUUCAGGAUACAGUGGACUACAUUUCCCAGAGGGACACGUAUCAUUCCCCAAAAUCAAUGUUCCAAAGUACCAUGGGCCAGAGAUGGGAGAAGAUGUUGAUGCAGGAUCAAGAGCAGGGGCAGGGGCAACAGUGCGGGGUGGAAAGAUUGAUGUGCAGGCUCCUUCGGUUAGUGGUAGUUCUCCGAGCCUGGAGCUGCACAGUGGUGAGAAAGGAAAGGUCAAGAUGCCAAGGUUUGGUUUUGGCAAGUCAAAAGCAAAGGGAGGUAGUGCAGUGGAUCUUAGCUUUCAGGGGCCGGACGCAGAACUGGGAGCCGGUGGCGGCGUUAAGGGCUCCAAAGAGUUGAGUUUAAGUCAUGGGGAGUUAGUAAGUGGCAAGUUGUCUGUAGAGGGAGGAUCUGGGCAUAGUGUGUCCCCUAAGAGCAAGUCAGCCUCACUGGAUCUUUUUAAGAAAUCAAGGCAUCGGUCUUCCUCUGUGGCGAGUGACGAGGGAGAUCUGGCUGUGUCUUCCCCUUCAAGUCACUUAAGUGCUGAGGGUGGCGACAUCUCUGUAGAUGUUGGGAGGGCCAAGGUGAAAGGAAAGAAGUUAAAGUUUGGCACCUUUGCUGGUUUUGGCUCAAAGUCAAAGGGCUCAUAUGAAGUGCGACUGGGUGAAGAUAGUGAAGAGAGAGUUGAGGCAAGUGGUGUAUCUCUCCCCUCCAAAAAGUCUAGAAUCUCUUCAUCCUCUAGCAGCGACAGUGGGUCUAGAGGUGGUUUCCGUUUCCCAAAACUCGAGUUGUCUGUGUCACCAAAGAAAUGAUGAAUUGUGAGGAUAAUUAUAAACUACAACCCAAUUGUCUGUUCCAUGUACACAACACCCCUAUCUGCUCAAGUUUUUAAACUUGACAGAUGAGUUCACAUCUCAUCUCAAUGUAACAUUACGUGUGUGUUAUUCCCUUCGGGCUUUCUCCACACAUUUUACUUAUUACAUAUGGGGUAGAUGACAUUGUUCAGACUUCAAUUUAACUGUAAAUAAGAUGAAUCUGUAUUGUAUUAUUAAGUAUUGUCUUUUGUACAUAGUCAAAAUUUAUUGAACUUAUUACCAUCUCACCAAAUUCAUACCAAUAGUGCCUCACAUGUUUAGUCCAAGUGUUGCAUUGAAUUCUUUUAAAAAUGCAUUUAGUUAAGAUUAGCUGUGGUAUUUUUGUAUCCAGACGGGGUCUAUUGCACAAACAUCGUUUAGAUUCAAUUGUUAUUUUGAAGAAAAGUAUGUUUAUAUACACAGACAACAACUACUUUUCGUUUUUUUAUGUAUGAAAUGAUUUACAUUUGUUUUGAAGCUUUGGAUAUAUAAUCGUUGCAGAAGCAUAUUUACUCAACAUAGAGCAGGGCCCUGUAUAACAUUCUAUCAAGAGUGACAAUGCUAUUAGAGACCAUAAUUGACAAUAAAAGCAAUAUGUAUGUACUCUAUAAACUCUAUUAACAGCUGUUGUUAAUCUUUGAGAGAGAGAAUGUCCUUUUUAAUUUAAUUUGUAUUUUUUUAAAUUUUAUUUGAUCACUACUAUUUGUCCAUGUUCCCUUCAACACCUUAAAUUAGAAUUCUACUCAAAUGACAAAGUGGUGAAAAAUGGUAAAAAUAGUACAGCUGAUGCCGAAGAAUCCAUUUGUAUUUUUUUUAAAUGUUUUAUUCUUGUACAAUCAAGAGAUGUAAUGUAAAGAAACAGAAUAACAGAAGCAAAUUGUGUUUUUAACGAAGACAUUGUAUUACAUUCAGAUGGAUCUCUCUCUCUCUCUCUCUCUCCCUCUCUCUCCCUCUCUCUCCCUCUCCCCCUCUCUCUCUCUCUCCCUCACUUAAUGUAAGUCUCUGGUGUUUUGGUUAUACUAAAGAAAAUAUAUGACUAUCAUGAAUAAACAGUCACGCUGCAUUAUUUUUUUGUUGUUGCACCUUUUAUAGGUAAACACAUAUCUGCAAUGUUAAUAACAGAGAACGAAAGCUGAAAAUGUCCUCUUUUAUUUGAUGGAGAUGGGAGUUUUGAAUACUAUUUCGAUCAAUUGUGUUUCAUUCUGCAAAAUAAAUCUAAUAAACGGUUAAGAUACCAA